CACACAGAUAUGGCAAUUCCAUUCUCCUUUACAUUUCUCCUCCUACUUCUGGCUCCUUCCUUCAUUUUCUCUUCCCCACUGCAAGAUCCAGAAGUAGUAGUCGAACAAGUACACAAGAGCAUCAAUGUGUCGAGAAGAAACCUGGGGUUUCUUUCUUGCGGAACUGGGAAUCCCGUUGAUGAUUGUUGGAGGUGUGACCCCAAAUGGGAGAAGAACAGAAAGCGUCUGGCGGAUUGCGGCAUUGGGUUCGGCAAGAACGCCAUCGGAGGCAGAGACGGCAGAUACUACGUCGUCACCGACCCCGGCGACCACCCCGUGAGUCCCAAGCCAGGAACCCUCAGAUACGGCGUUAUACAGAAGGACCCACUGUGGAUCAUCUUCAAGAAAGACAUGGUCAUCAAGCUCGAAGAAGAACUGAUCAUGAACUCCUUCAAGACCAUCGAUGGCAGAGGAGCCGAUGUUCACAUCGCAGGGGGUCCUUGCAUCACUAUCCAGUUCGUUACCAACGUCAUUAUCCACGGAAUCAACAUUCACGACUGUAAACGAGGAGGUAAAGCGUACGCACGAGAUUCUCCUACACAUUACGGGUGGAGAACGGUGUCGGACGGCGACGGAGUCUCCAUUUUCGGAGGAAGCCACAUCUGGGUGGACCACUGUUCUCUGUGGAAUUGCGAAGAUGGACUGAUUGAUGCGGUUCAAGGACAAGUCCAAAAGAAAUGGUAUCGAAUUGUUUUGUUUUUGACAGAAAAGUUGCCUACCCCCUCAAAAAAUGUUGCAAAUCAAGUAGCUGUACAUUCUCUGAAAACAGUUGUGGAGAUGACAUCAAUGUCAAUGCUUCUUCACGCCUUGAAUUGA